GAUACAGACAGGAAGUCAAGCUGUUCCCUCCCUACAACACUGCUGCUAUCCCUGAAACUCUGGAUCACUUGGUCUUAGCCAGGUCCAUUAACAAGUAGUGUAUACUACUAAAGACAUGUCUGGGGGCUAUAGGACUCCAGUGAUUCAUAAUUUGUAGUAGCUACACAUACCAUAGGAGUGCAGAGGUCAAGGUCAGGGUUGUACAGAUGUGAACUCUCCAUGUGGGAGGAAGAUAUAACAGUUUGAGGCGGACAUGUGUUGUGAUGUAGGACCCAAGUAUGUGACCACAAACUAUGUAAGGCGUUUACAGGAUAAAACAGUUUGUUUGGAGUGCUAGAAGUGAAAAGUCAAAAGCAGAGAGAAGAAUUCAGGCUCAGCAUUCAGUAUACUAAUCUGUGAUGUUGUUUAUUUGUGUUCAUUUUUUGUGUCCUGGAUAUUGUACGUGUGAUGACCAACACAAAUGACCUGAGUCGUUAAUUCCUCUUGAUCUGCUAUUAACAUCAUCCAAACACCUGACCGCUGAAGGACUACAAUACUAAACGUGUGAUACAUAUGUGUUACUUAUCUUACCCAUAGCCAUGUGGGGCCUGACAACAUGUUGAUACAUUCCUUUUUUGUGAACCAGCGAAUGGAAUUUGAAUGUCGUAUUAGACUUAAUUUCAAGUAGCAGAUGUUUGAUGAAAUAAUAAGUCUCAUAUUUGAUUGGAGACUUGCCUUGUGAAAUUCACCUGUGAAAUAACUAUAUAUGUUCAUGAUGGAGGUCUAUGACUAUGCGAGGACAACAUUUUGGAGCGAGUGGUUCUGGUUUGGGGGGUCGGGACAUUCAUGGGCCGACUUCGUAAAUAAAGACGAUGGGAUACACCAUCCCCAGUACAGUGACAUACAAUGGGCCCUCUACUUAGGCCUGGUCAUAUUUAUGAUAAGGAAGGUCGCUGAGAGGCAUAUAGCAGCUCCCAUUGGUAGAUACUUUGGAAUAAGAAACACACUACCAAGAAAACCUCCGCCCAACCCGGUCCUAGAAAACGCCUUCAAGUGUCACAAAUUUCCAGAAAAUGACAAAAUACAGAGUUUAUCAAAACAGACAGAUUUAUCUACAAGAAAAGUGGAAAGAUGGUUUCGGAUGAGGAGGAAUCAAGAUCGCCCUAGCUUUAUGAAGCGUUUUACAGAAGCUGCAUGGAGAUUUACCUUCUACUUCUCCGUGUUUGUGUAUGGUGUGGUGGUCCUAUGGGAUAAACCAUGGUUUGUAGAUUCUACACAUUGCUGGGUUGGCUACCCUCAUCAUCACAUCCCACCAGCCAUAUUUUGGUACUACAUGAUAGAAAUAGGAUUCUACUCCUCUUUGAUGUUUUCACAGUUUAUAGACGUCAGACGAAAAGAUUUCUGGGAGAUGUUCACACACCAUGUAGCCACCAUGCUCCUGCUGUGCUUUUCCUGGUGCGGAAACUUUGUCCGCGUCGGCACCUUGGUAUUGGUCAUUCAUGAUGCAGUCGACUUCUGGAUGGAGGCAGCUAAAAUGGCAAAGUACCUGAAGGCUCAGCGUCUGUGUGAUGUGCUGUUUGCCAUCUUUGGUAUAGUUUGGUUUGUCACCAGACUUGUCAUAUUCCCAGUUAGGGUGAUCUACUCUACCUACUUUGAGUUGCCUGUGAUUGUGGGUUAUUUCCCCGCCAUGUAUAUGUUUAACGCGAUGCUAUGCCUACUGCUGGUAUUGCAUGCCUAUUGGUUCUCCCUCAUCGUCAAGGUGACAUACGACGUCCUCACAAACUCCGGAGAGGAGGUUACAGAUAUUCGUAGCUCCGAGGAGGAAAAUGUCAGCGAAGACGAAAAUGGUCACGCAGUCCAACCUAACAAUAAUCACAAUCACAAUCACAACCACAACCACAACCACAACAAGGUCAAGGCCGUGUCUUAGUGGUGCCGCCGCUGGGGGCAGCCAAGCGCGCCAGGGGGCCAACAACUCAAGUCCAGAUACCUGCCUCUGUUUGUACUCUUUAAUUAGACAAAGCUUUUGACCGUGCAAUGGUGUUGCUGUGCGUUGUACAUGCAGCUCAAACAGAUACAUGUUAUGACUUUUUUUUUCUCGUUAGGCAUAAAUGGUUGUUGUAACUGACAGGUUUUUAGUCCAGCACUCGUUAAUACUGUUGACAAAUGUGAUGGAGAGUUACUUCCCCUGGCAGCUCUACUGUGGUGAGGCCAAAAUAUUGUAAGAGAUUGCAAUGAUCAUUUUUAUGUCCUUAGACGCCUUAAAAUGGUGGUCAGUCUCCUAGCGAAAGUAUUCAGCUGAGUGGCUGUUGUGCAAUAUAUGAUGUUAUUGUUAAUAUGGACUUUCUGUGAGUCAAUGUAGCAUGUUGUAAGGUGAUUUUUUGUAUUCUGUCACCUAGCAUGUGUGUUGUGAGUGAAGAAUGUGAUUUCAUAAUGAUAUGUGCAAGUGUUCCGACUUCAGGCCUGUUGUAUAAUAGGUCAGCCAUAGCUGAUUGUGUGUGUCGUCAGUGAUAUGACACUGGUCAUGUGACCUGUGUAUCCUUGACAACUCCUCGGCUUGUAUUCAUGAAACCAUUCUCUUACUCAAAUAUGCUUUCUAUUCUCUCUAUAAUCGUAGACACAGUCAAAAAGUGAAGUCUUACCUUUGAAAAUUGUGAUCGGCUUCCAUCAAAAUAUGUGAUUAACCCAAACCCCUCUUGGUGCCAAAGAACCCCAGUUUCUGUUAAUCUUUCGCUUGUAAUACAAUAAGACAUUAUAUUAUCCACUAGUAAAGAUAAAAUUUGGAAAUUGAUGGGCCCAAAAAACAUCUUAUAGGCACCCAUCUUUUAUAUAAUUUAUCACUAGAACAAGGAAUUUGGCUUGAGCAAAGAAUCUGAAUUUGAGCACGAAAAUGUUUCAUGAAUAGAGAUCAGGUGAGCCUUGUCUGUGCUGAGAUAAACAAGACUAUUGGCCAAGUGUCCAGUCAAGACUAUUGGUCAAGUGUCCAGUCUUACCAGUGAAAUGACUAGUCCAUUGCAAGUUAUUUUGGUAGACAGAAAGUCUUCAUGUCCAAAAUCCAAGAAACUGGAGAGAUUUGAGCAGCGUUGAGACACAGGUGUGAGGAUACGAGGCCUGAUCGGUUGAUCACUGUAUACAUGAGCAUGGACCAGGUGUUGUGAGGACCAAACUCACAGCAUCAUUGCUCAUUCUUCUACACACACAAACUCAGCAGGUUCAGCGUCGGGAGAUAUAGUGUGGGAGUGUCCAAUUUCAAUUUCAAUGCAGUAAAGCUCAUUGUAGUCAUGUAUAUGUUAAGUGUAGGUCAGUAUGUAAUAGCAAUUAUGUAUGCGCAUAUAAACUGGUAAUUUUAUUUAUAUUCAAACUUUUGCAAUGAAUUAGGACUUGAAGUUUGCAUUAAAUGGCUAUAUAUACGUGAACACAUAUAUAUUUGAAUUUUUAAACAGUUUGUUGAAAGUUACAUUUAAAGUAUAAGCAUUAUAAGAAGGAUUCAAAGCAAUGUGUAUAAGUAUACUUUAAUGUGAAGUGUUGACCGAGGGAAGGUAGCCAGUAUUCCAGGGUAUUCUGUAUACACAGUCAGCAAUAGUGUACUGGCCGUACUUGUAUUGUCGACACACUCAAACAUUCUUCGAUUAUUCAUUGAAAAGAAACAUCAUGUCCAAGUUUAUAAUUCCAAUUGUUUUGUAAUUUUUGUAUAAGUGCUAUAAACAAAGCUUAUGAGAUUAAAAUUGGUGAAGACUAUUGGUCCAGAACGACUGUAGAAAGGUCAAAGGUCAUGAUGCCCUCCAUCACACCUGGGCACAUUGUACAGAUACACAUAUUGUUUUUACUUCUAAAGUAAUCAGAUUCAAGCAGUUUGAUUAUAGUCCUCAGCAGGUGCAAUCUCAGUAUUGUCCAUAAAUUAUGCGAAUAAGGUAUCAAAAUAGGGGAAAAUCAUAUAUUUUUAAAAUCAAAGAAAAGAGAAACCUUAUUCAUUUUCAACUAUUUUUCGAUUUUUCUCAAAAUGUAUAAAUCUGUGCAAAAGUACCUGUCACAUUUACAGAACCCCUUAGAUAAGUGAUAGCGAAAUUUUACAGCUUAUUAUAGCAAAAAAUAAACUUAUUAAUAAUCUAUUACUCCAUUCUUCCACCAAGUUGGUGUUUAAACAACACACAGCAGCAUUACUAAGAAAAUAUAUGACAAACAUUUCAUGGUAUUAUACCUGCCAAUUAAACAGAUACUUGUAAGCAGAUUUGACAGGGUGUGUAAAAGUCAAACGUAUGGUGGGUUCUGAGGUUUAAUUGUGUCUACAUGUAAAUAGAUAUGAUUUUGGGUUAUCGUGAUUGCAUAUUGACAGUGUUAGUGAUAAAAGAACUGCUAUCACCUGUUAUAGCCUGUUAUCUGAGGUUAUCUCAGGGGCAGGUAAUCGGCCAGGAGGCGCCACCAGUACACGGGUGCAGUCUGAUCCUUGAUCCUCCUUGAUCCAGCUAUACAGUACUAGUGUACGGUUGAUAUGUGUCUGGGUUACACAUCUCUAACACUGUCAAUUAACACUACAUGCAGAGUUAGAGCACUUUAUACUGUAAAUAUAAUAAAACAAACAGCUAUAGAACCAAACAAACAGAGUAUAGCCUGUGGACAAAUCUGAACAAAUCCUAUCUUUGGUGGUGGUGACUUGUCACUGUAAUGUCGGAUCAGAUACAGAUACUUGAUAUCCAGCCCCUCUAAUGUCACAAUUAAAAUAUUGAAAUAAUCAACAAUCAAAUUGUCAUAAAUCUUACCAUACCUGUACACAUGGCAGAUUACAGGGGAGUGCUGAUAAUCAAGCAACCAUUUUUUCUAAGUAGAUAAUCCAGCCAUCUUUAUUCCCAGAAGAUAAUCCAGCCAUCUUUAUUCCCAGAAGAUAAUCCAGCCAUCUAUAUUCCCAGAAGAUAAUCCAGCCAUAUUUAUUCCCAGAAGAUAAUACAGACAUCUUUACUCCCAUUAGAUAAUCUGGCCACCUUUAUUCGCAGUAGAUAAUCCAGCCAUCUUGUGAGACAGCCAGAUAAAUUAGAUAAUUUCACAAAGAGCAGGCCAGUCUGUUCUCUAAAUCACUGGCUGAAUUGUGGGACAGCUGGAUUAGUGGUGACUGGAAAUUGGGACAACCAGGUUAGUGGUGACUGGAUAGUUGGAUAAACAUAUAAGUGAUGUCUGGAUAAUGGGUCCCCAGAUAUUGAGGCAACCUGAUUAGUUGUUGCUAAAUAGACAACCUGAUUAGUGGUGGCUGGAUUAAUGAUACGACUGUAUAAGGGUAUACUAAUUACCGUUUCAUGUUAAUCUGUACGAUUGACCACUCGGUUAUCUAAGCUUGAAAGGCUGUGUCCUUGAUGCUUAAAUGAAAUGUUUUGAUAUUAUGGAUGUUGUACAGUGUAUGAUACUGCCAACAGGGAGAGUGCCAGUUAUAAUAUUUAGAAAGUUGCUUGUUGCAGUUUGUACGGAUAUUUGUCCCAAUAAAUUGUCUGUCAAGGUCAAAUGUGCUUUAUAACUUUAUAACGAGUGACCUAAUACGUUAGCUUAUGACCUGAACAAGAAUAUCAACUGGUCAAUUAUUUCAUUUUGUUAAUACAGUGUAGUACAAAGACAAGUUGGUCAUCCCACAAAGUUUGACCACCCAUGUGUCUGACAAAGGGUCAUGUGACCAGGACCAUGGUGGCGUUUUUUGAACCAGUGUCCUUCAUCAUAUGCUAGGUUUAGCUUACUCAUGUUUACCCACCUAGGAGGUAUGUUCGAUCAAAAUGUCUGUAUUUGUUGUGAGAUUUUUAUGAUACAGUAACCUUUCUAUUAUUUCACUGGCGAUUUAGCUAUCACCACACUUCACAUCUGUCAUGACUGAACUUUGACCUUUCGUUAUAUUGACUGAAGCAGUCAUUGUUGACUGCUGUUUUACCUGUUGUUGACAGUGUGAACAGUCGUCUUAAGAUUUUCUAUACAUUGUAAAUAGUCCCAACAGGUUCACUGUGUUCGGUAGAAUGACCCAAACAUCUAGUAGCUAAAAUCAUAACUAAAAUAUGAUGCAAGACGUAUGACGGUUAACAGGUUAAAAUGUUGGUAUGCUUCGACAUGUUAAUGUUUACCUGUAUUUGAGACAAUAGCUAGACAGAGACUUCAGUUCAAAUUGACCAACCUUUCAUAAACAAGAUACCAGACAGAGAUUCGUUCCAAGACUUUCUUUAUAAAUUCAGGAUGGUAUGUUAUAUAAAAACAUUAAACUCUUGAUGAAAUUUUAGUUAAAAAUAAGAAAUUCAGGAUGAUAUUUGUAUAUGGUACCUGCUAUUUAAAAGUGUUUUAAAAUGAGGGGUGUAACCUCACUAACAGGGUGUGGUUUCCUGGUGUGGGGGCGUAAACUCACACUGAGGGGGUGUGGUCUCCUGUUGAGGGGACAUAACCUUACUAUAAGGGGCGUGGUUUCCCAGUUUGGGGUGUAACCUCACUUAGGGGGUGUUGUCUCAUGUUGAAGGGGCGUAACCUGACACUAAGGGGAUGCUGUCUCCUGUUGAGGGGGCAUAACCUUGGGGGGGGGGGGGGGUCCCAGUGUGGGGUUUAAGUUUGUACUCCUCGUUAUAAAAAGUGUAGCCUUGUAAAAAUACAGCACAGUUAAACUAUAACCUCAUCAACAUGUAAAAAUCAUAAUGAUGAAAUCCAGCAUUUCCAGCAUUCAUUUUCUUUCAUAAUAGUUUUUUUUACAAUAAAAAAAAAAAUGGAAAUAAUAAUAAAAAAAAAGUCUAUUUUGACUAUGAUCAUUGAUCUAUAAUUUGUUAUGCUACUCCUAUCUACCUUGGCUGUUGAUACUGAAGUUUUUAUCAGGAUGUACCUCCGUGAACACUUAGUUGUUUGUAUGGGUCAGGUUCUUAUUGUAUUAUAUACAGUAUAUUUUAAUAUUUCAGUCAUUCUGUAUAUGAAUUUGAUUUUUUGAAUGUUGUUCAUAUUUCUAACUCAGUGGAGAAAAAUGUGUGAAAACCAACUGUAACUGAAGAUCUUUCUCAAGAAGCUGAAGCCAGUUUUAUGGGUCCUUCAUAUCCUUCCUUGACUGUAAACGCCUGCUAAAAUUUCUGUAUUUGAUAUUUAUUGAUCUUAGAUCUGGACCAUGAGCAAAUUCAAUACAAAUAUUCAUAAUUUCAUAAUUAUUUAGAUCACAAUUUAGGAUAUUCAGUGGUUUGAAAUUACCUGGUAGCAAUAAAGCAAGAAUUUAAAAUCGAAAGAUUCAAAGCUGAUGCAAAAAUAAAGAAGUCUUUUUGAAUUUUCAUCAAAGUUUAAUAAACACAUUGUCGGGGUGAAUACAAUUUUCAACAAAGGCAGGUGAGUGAUACAGGCUCUUUUUACUGUUAAAAUAAAUAAGAAAUAAUUAAAACGGUUGAACCAAUGGGUGAGCAAGAACAGGCCAUUGGGGUAGAUGUUUAGUAUCUAAAUGCUCCAUGGGCACAAAUAAUGUGCAGAUUAUUUUGGCCUUUGUGUAAUACUGUACUGUAUGUUCUGUCUGUGGUUGAGUGGAUUUUAAUUGAUAUUACAGUUGCUUACUGUUUUUAACAUUGCUGUGUUCGUUCCCAUUGUUAUGUUGUAAUAAAUGUUUUGACAUUGUAGGUUUUGUUUUUAUUCUGCUUCUAAAUUUAACUAAAUCAGAAUACAGAAGCAGUUUUGGUUAUUGCAUCGUACAGAACCCGUUUUAAUUAGUACUCAAGUUUAAGAUAAAAGUUCCUGUAUUUAUGAUAACUUUAUAAGCUUAAGGCAAAUAGAACAUCAUGAACGGACAUUUCUUAAAGUGAGGUGAAUGAUGCCAAGUCAGGUUUUGUACUAAAUUACUCGCUACCUUCUGUUGAGAGCGUAAUAGAAGUUGUGUGCCUUUGACUCUUGGUAAUGAGUGGACAACUUUUGAUGAGGGAUCCAAAUUUUUACUUUUUGCGAUGAACUUUUUUUUUAUAUAAUCAGUUUAAGUGAAGUGUGUCUUGGUGUUUUUUUGUGUCUCGGCAUUCAUUAAAACAUGUUCUACUGUCAACUUAAGUAUCAAUGUAUAAGUUCAGACACAUUUUAAAUUCCACCCAGUAACAUCUUUUCUCUGUAAUAUUGAAAAAUAAUAACCCGAUUCGAAGCUUUUAUUAACCUGAUCUUGUAUUGACCUGAUCAUGUAUUGACCUAAUCUGAGUUGUUUUAUUAUCAUUUGAUCGUAAUAAGUGUUGACAACAUUAGGUAUCAAUAGAGUUAACAUCUGAUUUAAAUGCUACAAAAUCCAGAAUCAUAAAACAUGUAUCACACAUUACCUGUUAUAAGACCAUGCUCAGUAAUAAGCCCCCCCCCCCCAUUAAAACCAGAUCAUCUAGGCUUAUUUGUAUUAUAAUGUUAUAUAAUGAUGCAUUAAAUACACGCCUGUUUGUAUUGUGGUCAGUGUGUGUUACACAUCUAGAACUGGUCAGUGUGUGGUACACAUCUAGAACUGGUCAGUGUGUGGUACACAUCUAGCCCCGAUCAGUGUGUGGUACACAUCAAGCAUCGGUCUGUGUGUGUUACACAUCUAGAACUGGUCAGUGUGUGGUACACAUCUAGAACUGGUCAGUGUGUGGUACACAUCUAGCAUCGGUCAGUGUAUGGUACACAUCUAGCAUUGGUCAGUGUGUGGUACACAUCUAGAACUGGUCAGUGUGUGGUACACAUCUAGCAUCAGUCAGUGUGUGUUACACAUCUAGCACCGGUCAGUGUGUGGUACACAUCUAGCAUCGGUCAGUGUGUGGUACACAUCUAGCAUCGGUCAGUGUAUGGUACACAUCUAGCACUGGUCAGUUUGUGUUACACAUCUAGCACUGGUCAGUGUGUGUUACACAUCUAGCACUGGUCAGUAUGUGUUACACAUCAAGCAGUCAGAUGUCCAGCAGAAAUGACAUGUGUACAUACACAAUUGCUUGUAUUGUGGUCAGUUUUAAUGUCCAGAUGUGGGAUGUUCAGUGGGAAUUUAUGUGUAUAUAUAUACACACUUGUUUUUAUUGUGGUCGUUUUAACAUCCAGUGGUCAGAAGUCCAAUGGGAAUGAUUUGUAUUUACCUGCUUGUUUAUAUUGUAGUCAGUGUUAACAUCCAGUGGUCAGAUGAUAUCCACUGAUGGGGGUGUUAGGGUGUGUACCAGGUAUCUAGUCAAGAAGUCCCACACCCUUUAUGUUGGUGAUAAAAUAUAAACUGUCUUGCCUACAAACACUCAAAGUACAUAAGGUCAUAUACAUUAGCAUAAGGACUUAAAAGAUAUAUCAGUCCAGCUGAAGACGAUAUUUAAUCAUACGGCAACUUUUAUUAUGAGGCCGAUUUACAGUUAUGUAAGAUAAUUUAGGUGGUAUGGAGGCUUACAAUAAGAAUUCUUUCAAUUCUGGCUUGUAUGUGAUACAUACUUGAUCAUGCAUCAGAAAUAUUAUGAUCCUUACAGUCAAACAUAAAUCACUUCUUCAACUGUCAGCUCUUAACAUUUUAUUUUAAAUCAGUUUCAAAAAACUUAAAGUCUCUGAAUUUUCUGUUUAAUAUUUUUGAAGCAGUAAAGAAAAUAGUAUUUUACCUUCUAAUUUGACGUUGACAUUUUAAUGUCAACGGAAUUAGGAGUCUUACCUCCUGCUGAUUUACGCCCUGCUGUUGUGUAACAUGGCCAUAAAGUCGCAUCGACUGUUGGUUUAGUUCCCGGAUUAAUCUGAUGUACACUGUAGUAUUAUUGUCAUCGGUCACGGUGUGGGAGUGAUCGGAGAGAGAGAGUGCGGGUAAAUUAUACACAUUGGAAACAUGUAUCCAGUAUUUUGUUAUGGGUGAUUUACUUUAAGGGGAAUUUUUACUCUUUGUAUCAAGUGCUACAAUAAUAUAUCUGAUCGUGACUGUGUGAAGAUAAAACACGUUUAUUUGUUUCAUUAAAAACAUGUUUAGAUUUCUGAUCAUUUCUGCUAGAUGUUUUUAAGAUUUCAAUGUUGUUGUCAGUAGCUUUAAAAGAAUUUACAUAAAUCUAGAUUUUUCCGAGACCCCAGACAUGUUUAUGAUAUAGCUAUGGGGAUAUUUAUAUAGUGAUGCAGAUUCUAUUACUUUGAUGGUUAUCUUCCUCCAAAUGAUUUUUUUUAUAUUCUUCUUCAACAAAAAUUGUCUUGCCAAUGAGAUUCCUAGAGAAGUCAGUAGGUACUUUAUUCUGCAUGCGACAUCUGUAGUAUUUAUAGUUUUAUAGCAGUACUCAGUAAAUAUUCAGUCCUUCGAAAAUCAGAUUUAAUAUCCACUUGGAUGCUCAACGUUCAUAAAUGUGGAAUCGGAUAUGUGAUUUUGAUGAAAUUGAUCAAUGUACUAAACCUAGCCAGCUAUAUUUUUAUGUCCGAGUACUUACUAUGAGAUUAAAUAUUCGUACUACUGUAUAUUUGUAAAUCAAAUAGAAAUAGCUAUUUCUGAUUUUACAGCAUAUUUCUAAUACCUAUUCAUUAAACUUGUCAUGUAUUUUUCUAUUUUACAAAUUUUGAAGCUAGAAGUAUUCCUGCUAGCCGAGCUCUUGCCUUGCCCUUGAACUUGAGCUCUUGCAUUGACCUUGACCUUCAAACUGUGAAUCCCUUAUGCUUUGAGUGGUAAAUUGUUCCAUUAUUUUGCAAGAAAAGACAAUCACAAGCUAGAUGUGAUUAUGUGUGCAGACAAUCGCAAGCUAGAUAUGAUUAUGUGUGCAGACAAUCGCAAGCUAGAUGUGAUUAUGUGUGCAGACAAUCACAAGCUAGAUGUGACUUAAUCUGUUUCCCCCUCAACUGUUACAGGUUCUAUACUCCCAGCUUAUUGUUGAAUAGUUUCAGUGUGAAAUAACACCAUGCUGUGUGACAUCACAUUGUCCUUAUUAACUUUCAUGUAUGGGAGGAAACAAAAUAUCCAACUUGAAAUGAUCUGUUAUUGUUUUUAUCCAUUCUUGUGAGCUAAUUCUUAGAUGAUAUUCUGCUCACUAAAGUUUGUAGACUUGAGGAUAAAUUCACUGUUGGGUAAAAAAUAAUAUCAUCAACCAUGGAUAUCAUUCCUUAUCCAGCCUCUUCCAUUCUAUGGUAAAACCCUUGCAAAUAAUACGUCUGAAGCAUAAACGGGAAAAUUAUUAUUCAUGGAAAUAAGUGGAUUUACAGUCGGUUCACGCUCAUUUGAUUUGGUUGUAAUUGCUCUUUUUUGUUAAGUUGAAGUGAUCAUUUUGAAAUAUUUAUGAUUUUGUAACUUACCUGGAAAGAAAUGACAUGGAUUUAGUUAUCCUUGAUUUUUCCAGGAAGUAACACCUUGUCUUUACAUUUAACCUUAUUGAUUCGUCUAAUUACUGGUAAAACUUAUAAUUGGUACUUCUAUUUAUUCCCAUCUGUUCUUUUUAUAUUUUCAUUUUUUCAAUUUUUCAUUAAGUGGUUGUUAUUUUCUAUGUUAUUCUAAUAUGUGUUCGUCAAGUGUAUGCACUUGGAAUAUAAACAGUUAAUUUUUCUUAUGAAAAUAUUUCAAAUGAACAUGAAAUUCAAAAUGAUAUUGACUUUUAAUUUGAAUAAAAUUGGUUUCACAAUAGACUGUUAACAUUUUCCCCUCUUCCGAGAGCAGUAGAUUUUACACUUGACAUAGACCACAGUGAAUCGGUAUGAAGCAAAGCAAAAAUAUUUUUACUAUCGCAUGAUAUAGAUGUAUUUCAAAUAAAUCUUUUAAAGCUUUUACUAAUAUUAUAGAGCUGGUUUUGUGAUUCUACAGGUAAACGUGUGAGAGAGGGUUAGCUAGCUACAUCCUGACUGUCAAGUUCUACUGGCUGCAUAUCUUAAUCUGAUUUCUUAAUAUAAAUUUUGAGGAUUCGGUUCAGAUACAAGCCACAUAUACCAGACUAGUAUGGUAACCAGUCAGUAAGACUGUAACAAAUGUAUCACGCCACUGGCCGUUCGUUCCUUCAGCAUUCCAACAAAGUCACUUCUAAUGCAAGGUAACCUUUGUUUACUAUUGUAAUCAUGGCACAUAAUGGAAAGCAUCUACUCCACACAGACUUUCAUGUGUCGGGGAAAGAUACAGAACUACACUGCCUUAAAACAAACCUGAACCAAUGAGAAGGACUUUUAUUUGGGAAAGAUAAAGAAUUACCUGGCCUUGAAACAUACCGAUUCUAAGUAGUGACGUGAUGAAUUUAAAUACAGACCUGAUGUACGUUAGCGCUGUGAAUACUUUUAGAACAUCUAGGAUGCAUGUUAGCGCUGUGAAUACUUUUAGAACAUCUAUGAUGCAUGUUAGCGCUGUGAAUACUUUUAGAACAUCUAGGACGCAUGUUAGCGCUGUGAAUACUUUUAGAACAUCUAGGAUGCAUGUUAGCGCUGUGGAUACUUUUAGAACAUCUAGGAUGCAUGUUAGCGCUGUGGAUAUGUUUUAGAACAUCUAGGAUGUAUCAUAUGUUAGCGCUGUGGAUAUGUUUUAGAUACAUCUAUGGUGUACAGAGCGGUGGGGAAUGUCCGAGUAGACCUUUGAUAUACAAUGUUAAAUAAGCCAUGUCUGGAUUUGAUGUUCCAAGAAUAUUUGUCAAUAAAAUAUUUCAUUUCUUUCA